UUCUUGUUUUCAUUUUACACCACGUCUGUAGAACAGAAGACUAUAAAGUAAAGCUGGCAAUUCUACAGAGGUAAUGAGUAAAAUCACACAUGAUAAUGAAAUACUGCACCUGAGAAUUUUAACUAUGAAGUACAUGAAACGAAAUGCGACUGAUACUGCAGUUAUUGCAUGCAAAAGUAAUAUUUUUACUCCAAAUUCCAACAAUAAACUGGGUAAAUCAUCUGCAUAGACAAAAAGACAAUUGAUCAUCACAAAGGGCACAACUCAAACCGUGAAUAAAUCAUCAAUCUGAGUGAUUGACGGCUCAGGAAUAAGACCUUAAACUGACGUAUGAAGGUGAUAACUGACAGGAGAGAUGUCCCUGGACUCAACUAAGGAUGAGGACAGAACAGCAGAGUGGAUCCAGAGCAGAGAUCCGGGCUGGUUAGCGGUUCUGGACAAACAUCUGCUGCCACAAAGUGUGUUUAGGACGGACCUGGAGGAGCCGCCUCCCUCCACCACUCAUUCACCAAACACUCACUUAAAGGCGGCUGGAGGUCAGGAGGCGACGCAGAUGGAAGCUAAUGUGUAACCUGAAGGCCCGACCGGCAGGAAGAUAAAGAUCAGGAGGCCGGGAGGCGACAGGUGAGAGGUGGGAAAGUCCAGUGGGCGGAUUCAGAAGAUAAGGAGGGAACCCGCGAAGGAAUCUGAGGGGGAGAGGGAGGAGCGACGAAACAUGAGGAGGAAUCAAACAAAAGCAGAGAGAACAGGUAGAGUUGGUUCACCUAGAAGAAAAACAGAAAGAAGAAAGGAAGGAAGGCAGCAGAUUUAAGAGAGAAAAGGGAAUUAACUCCUCAGAGUCCUGACAUCAGCAGAACUAGAGGAAGAGGAAGGAGGUCAGCAGCUGUCUGAGCAUGUCCUCUGAGAUCCUCUAAGACUCCCGCAGCAUGUUGGUGAAGGAGUACCGCAUAUGUAUGCCGCUGACGGUGGACGAGUACCGGAUCGGCCAGCUCUACAUGAUCAGUAAACACAGCUGUGAGCAGAGUGGAGGUGGAGAAGGAGUGGAGGUAGUGAGGAACGAGCCGGACGUUCAUCCUCAGCAUGGACCUGGACAGCUGACGGAGAAGAGGAUCUACCUGAGCAGUAAACUGCCAUCCUGGGCCAAAGCUUUCGCCCCGCGGUUCUUCUAUGUGACAGAGAAAGCCUGGAACUUCUACCCUUACACCCUCACAGAGUACUCAGUUUCAUUCCUGCCCAAGUUCAGCAUCCGCAUCGAGACCAGAUUCGAGAACAACAACGGCAAUAACGACAACGUGUUUGGAGAUUCUCCGACUCCGUCCGAUAGCAUUUGUUUCCUGGACAUCCUGAGCGACCCGAUUCCUGAGAAACACUACAGAGAGUCAGAGGAUCUGAGUCGCUGGCGGUCAACUAAAACGGGUCGAGGUCCUCUGGAGGACGGCUGGAGGGACGACCAGGAACCCAUCAUGUGCUCCUAUAAGCGGGUCCAGUGCAGCUUUGAGAUCUACGGCUUCCAGACCAGAACCGAGGAGUUCAUCCACCGAAACAUCCGUGACAUCCUCCUGGUGGGUCACCGGCAGGCGGUCGCUUGGAUCGACGAGUGGCACGGCCUGAGUCUGGAGGAGGUGAGGGAGUACGAGCAGGAGAUGCAGGAGAAGACCAACAGCAAAGUCAAAUCCAGCCACAGCAGCUCAGGUUCUCAGAUCGCUUCUCGUCCUGUGUUCUCUCGUUCCAUCUCGGUGACGGACGAACGUUCUCUGAAGAAGAUGGGUGUCACCACGGCGACCAUGUCAGACCAGACGGAUUCCUUGGUGCCUCCGUGUCCCGUUCGACUCAACUCAACCCCGGAGUGAUGCCUCCAACUCACAAACACUUUUUUUUGGAACAAGAAAACAAACAGAUGCUGCAGGAUCUUUAAAGGCACUUUUUGGAUCUUAGAAGAUAAACUCAACGUGACGUUCCCAAGCUGCUAAACUGAAAUUACAUAUUUUUGUGUUACGUCACGAGAAUCCAGCAGAAAAAAUGUGCUCAGUUUGGUUUUAUAGUUUCUGGCCCACCAAGUCUCCACAAAAUCAGAGCUAAAAUCAGGAUUCAUUCAGAACCUUCUCCAUCUGGAUUUAAAUUGGAGCUUGAAGGUUCCUUCAAUGGCCUCAAAUAAGGUUAUUUUCAUUGUUUGCUAUUUUCCGGAUAAAUCGAUCAGCUGUUUGGUCUCUAAAAUGAAAAAUCUUAAGUUUACUGUCAUAGAGGAGGAAGCAAACCAGAAAUUAUUUAUUUUUAAGGAACUACAAUCCCAGAAUUUAGACAGAUUUUAUUAAAUAAGACCAAAGCUGAUUAAUCGAUCAGUUGUUCGGUCUCUAAAAUGCGAGAAAAUAGUGAAAAAUGUGGAUCAAAGUUACCUUAAACAUCUUGUUUAGUCCAAAGAUCUUCAGUUUUACUGUCAUAGAAGAAAGAAACCAGAAAAUAUUCACAUUUAAGGAACAACAAUCACAGAAUUUAGGCAAUUUUAAUUAAAAAUGAAAAACUGAUUAAUCGAUCAACUGUUUGGUCUCUAAAAAUGCAAGAAAAUGUGGGUGAAUAAUUCAUUGUCCAAAGAUCUUCAGUUUACUGUCAUGGAGGAGAAAAGAAACCAUAGAAUAUUGAUAUUAAAUGAACUAAAAUCACAGAACUUGGACAGUUUUAAUUAAAAAUGACUCGGAGCGAUAAUCAAUCAGUUGUUUGGUCUCUAAAAUGUGAGAAAAUGGUGAAAAAUGUGAAUCAGAGUUUCCUCAAAUGUCUUGUUAAGUCCAAAGAUUUUGAGUUUACUAUCACAGAGGACAGAAAACAGAAAAUAUUAAUUUUUAAGGAGCUGAAACCACAGAAUUUAUAUUUGUUUUGUUUUUAACGUUUGAUCUCUAAAAUGCGAGAAAGUUACCACAGCGUUGGCCAGCAUUUACCUAUGAUGAUAUAUUUUGAAGAAUAUUUUCCUUUCCAAUAAUGUUCCAACAAAGUUAACCAUUUUCCAGAAGUUACCGAGGCCUCAGACGACAGAACGAUAUUUCUAAAUGCUCUUUGAAAAAAGACGUUAUAUAACAAAGGAGGAACAAACAACAGUCAAAAAACCGUCAUCAAGGCCUUUUUUAAAAAUACAGAAUGUUUAUGUAAUGCAAUUUUGCAAAAUUUUUAGUUGUUUUGCAUUAAAAACAAAACAAAAACAAGUAAUCUUUGUGCCUAAAGUUAACCUUAAAGCCUUCAACUGUCAAAAAAAUCACAUUUUUAGAACGUUUUGUAACUGUAAUUUCAAUUUAUUUUUCUUUUAAAUUUUUUCUCUGCUUUGUUAAAUUACUGAUAUUAAAUUAAAUCAUUUCAAAAAUGUUUAAAUUUACUAGUUCAUAAUUUAGAAAAAUUAAAGAAAUCAGACCAAAACAUCUGCAUCAUAAAUAUCCUAAAAACAUAAGAUGACACUAUUUUAGCUUUAUUUUAAUCGAUAAAAACAUAAUUGUGAAGAUAUUUUCUAUUAUUUGGAAGAAACAUGAUGUACAUAAAGGUCAAAUAUAUUUUUAGCAGGUAUUUUGGAAGCUUUCUCAGUUUUGUUAAACUACAGAUUAUUAUUAUUAUUAUUAUUACGUUAACUGUUCUUUUUAAAAGGGGGAGGGCAAAAUUAUACAUAAAGCCCACAUGAAAUUUGUGUAUUUUUUCAAAUGGUAAUUUGUUCUUUUACAGUGUAAAAAUUGUAAAAUUACACAGUUUCAUUGUAUUUAAAUCGACUAAAAACAUCAUUAUUGUUCAGAUAUUUGCAGGUAUUUUAAUAGUUGGUGAAUGUUACAUUUUUUACAGUUUUUCAAUGUAAAUUUUCUAGCACUCUUGCCACCAGAUUUUCAUGAAAUUUAUUUAAAUUUUUAUGGUGAACAUGUGACCUCUAUCUUCCCUCCUACUUCCCUAUGUAAAAUUUGUGCAUUUUUCACAAUAAAAGCCUUUCUCACUA